AUGGCUCAGGACGGCGGCCUGGACAUAGACGAAGAUCUGUUCGUAGACGCUCUCCCAGACUAUCUAAAGUGUCCGAUCUGCCUGUGUGUCCUCCAGUCGCCGUUCCAGACUCCGUGCGGACACCGUUUCUGCAGAGACUGCAUACAACCCGUCCUCAAGACCCGAAAUAACGUCUGCCCGAAAGAUCGCACCGUCAUAGACGCUACCAACACGUUUCCCGACAAUGCGGCGAGGCUCCAGAUAAACUCUCUGAGGAUCAAGUGUCCGAAACACGCGUCCGGAUGCGUGUGGGUGGGCGAGUUAUCGGACGAGGCCGGACACGAGCAGUCGUGCGAAUAUUUCCACGUCCUGUGCAAGCUCUGCGGUGAUCUUUUCCCGAGAGUCGGACUCUCGUCUCACGAGCCGACGUGUCCUAAACGCCAGCUACCUUGCGAGUAUUGCGGGCUGGAGUUCCGUCUCUCCGACCUUUCCCCGCACUACACGACGUGCCCCGAGUACCCCGUCCCUUGCCGCAACAAGUGUCCCGCGGGAAAAGUCCCACGCAAAGACGAGGAAUCCCACUACACCAACGAGUGCUCGAAGGAACUCGUCGAAUGCAAGUUGGCUGCGUUCGGAUGCUCCGAACGAGUUCCGCGAAGCGAAAUGGGUGAUCACCUGGUCACGUGCGCCCCACAACGAACCCUAAGCCUCGCAAAUACCGUCCUGAAGCUGCAAAAGGACGUCCAGGAGCUCUCUCUGGCAUUUGCACAGCAGAAGGAGCAGCAGAAGACAGUAACCAACACCCUCUACCCCUGUGUCGGACAGUUCACCUGGAAACUGGAAGACGUUCGGCUCAAAGUGAAGCAAGCACAAGCCAGGGAGUCCCCCGAGCCAGUCAUGAUAUACAGCCCUCCUUUCUUCUCCCACGAAGGCGGCUACAAGAUGUGCCUCUGUGUGUACCCUGCAGGAGACAGUAAUCUAGAUUGCCUCUCUGUUUACUUUGUCAUCAUGAAGGGGCCCUACGACAAAAUCCUCCCGUGGCCGUUUCAGAAAGCGAUUAGGAUCACUCUCCUUAGCUGCCGAGAAGGUCCGGGGAUUGUCAAGGACAUAAAUCCGGACCCCAAGUUGCACUAUUUCCACCGACCGGAGAAACCAAAGAACGUCGGUUACGGCUACCCCAAAUUUAUAUCCCUCCAGAAACUUCUGUCUGAUCACUCCGAGUAUUUGGACGGCGAUUCCGUGUUCAUCCGCUGCGAAAUUUUUCAUUCUUAG